ACUCCUGUCAUGGAGGCUUGCGCGCAUGGUCACGUGGAUGUAGUUCGUUGUCUGCUUGAUGCCGGUGGAAGCACGAGCGACGUCGACUUUGCUGGUCGAACCGCUCUGAUGCGGGCUGCUGAUGGUGGUCAUGAAGGCAUUGUGGCUAUUCUUCUUGAGAAAGGUGGUGACGUUGAUAUUGAUUUUCCCGAUAAGCGUCGGUGGACAGCUUUGCAUUGCUCUGUCGCGGCGGAUCGCCUCGGUGUUAUAAAACUACUGUGCAAA